GUUGGUUUCAAUGCUUCCGGGUUGGCGCUGCGGUGGCGUUUCCUACUGUGGUAGCCUCCGCUUCCCAGUCGUCUGCUGAGCUUGAGCAGCUGAGUCCCUUCCCUGUCUUUCACUCUUCUGGCAUCGGUGGCUUUACUUCUUCGAUUGAGCUCUGCUUCCUCGACCCCCCCGGGAGGCCGCCUCCUUCAGGCGCCUCCCUUCUCUCUACGAACUCGCUCUGACAGCCGAGGAACUGGCAAGAUCCUGUACCCAGAGGGUGAAUGGGUAUCUUUCCUGGAAUAAUCCUAAUUUUUCUAAGGGUGAAGUUUGCAACGGCAGCAGUGAUUGUAAGCGGAGAGAAACCAAGAAGGUUACCCAGAAUUUCCUGACCAGACUUUGAAAAAAUGGAGGCAGAGAAAGAUUGACUAACUUUCCCAGAGCCACGACUACAUCAGAAAAGUUCCGCUUUAAGCCAUGAGAUGUCUGGUCUGAACUGGAAACCUUUUGUGUAUGGCGGCCUUGCCUCUAUUGUUGCCGAGUUCGGCACGUUCCCUGUGGAUCUUACUAAAACACGGCUGCAAGUCCAAGGUCAGAGUAUCGAUGUCCGUUUCAAAGAAAUAAAAUAUAGAGGGAUGUUUCACGCCUUGUUCCGAAUCUAUAGAGAAGAAGGCAUCUUGGCUCUGUAUUCGGGAAUUGCCCCUGCUUUACUAAGACAGGCAUCAUAUGGCACCAUCAAAAUUGGUAUUUAUCAAAGCUUGAAGCGAUUAUUUGUAGAACGUUUGGAAGAUGAGACUCUCCUAAUUAAUAUGAUCUGUGGAGUAGUGUCAGGAGUGAUCUCAUCUACUAUUGCCAACCCUACUGAUGUUCUAAAGAUUCGAAUGCAGGCUCAAGGAAGCUUGUUCCAAGGGAGCAUGAUUGGCAGCUUCAUAGAUAUAUACCAGCAGGAAGGCACCAGGGGUCUGUGGAGAGGUGUGGUCCCAACUGCUCAGCGCGCUGCCAUCGUUGUGGGAGUAGAGUUGCCAGUUUAUGAUAUUACCAAGAAGCACCUGAUAGUUUCGGGAAUGCUGGGAGACACAAUUUUAACACACUUUGUUUCCAGCUUUACCUGUGGUUUGGCUGGGGCUCUGGCAUCUAAUCCUGUGGAUGUGGUGAGAACUCGAAUGAUGAAUCAGAGGGCAAUAGUGGGACAUGUGGACCUCUACAAGGGUACUUUGGAUGGUAUUUUAAAGAUGUGGAAACAUGAGGGAUUUUUUGCACUCUAUAAAGGAUUUUGGCCAAACUGGCUUCGACUUGGACCCUGGAACAUCAUUUUUUUUAUUACUUAUGAGCAGCUCAAGAGGCUUCAGAUCUAAGAACUGGAAAUCCAUCAGCCCAGCCCUGCUGCCCUUUCUACCGUUCCUCUUUGUGUUCCUGAUGUAUUUUGACAAAGAUGUGUGUGUUUACAGAACCAGCAGUCUCGCAGGGCCCCUGACUGAAGAGUAGUAGGACGACUUAAGUUUAUGCAUUUGUGUUCCCUCUUCCCUGAGAGGAAGUUUCGACAUUGAGAGUGUGACCCCAGAUUGGUGUCUUCUGUGAAGAUGGAUACUGAUGGGUGACAUUCAAAAGGGCCUUCUUUUUAACUGUAGCUUCAAUGUAGUUGGUUUUCCCGAGACAGGCUACAGCAGCAGGCUACCAGCACAGUUACUGCUAUGUGUGUUUUUGACCUCAGUUCUCAUUAAAGUAUUUAUUGAUUGAA